UGGUAAAGCUGGCUCUUUUAUUUUUACAUUAUUUUGUAUGAAUCACAAAAACAUUUCUGGAUCCUUCCAGGGUCUUGGUGUCAGAAUGCGGUCUUUUUUUUCACACACAACCCGCACGCGUCCUCCUUGAUCAGCUCAAUGUGUGCGGUAACAACGCAUUUUUAAAAAGUGCUAAUCAUCCGCAGUGCUUCCCGGGUCCAAACCUGCAGGUUACCGUGCGUCGAUCUUGGCCGCGGAGGGGAGGAGGGGAGGAGAGAGAGAGGGGGGGGGGGGUGAGGAUGUGACAUAUCCACGCGUCGAUGACGCUCGCCAUCGGGAGACAUUUGGACAGCCGAUGUAACCCACAUACCGCGCAACAAAUGGUGCGUCCGUGGCGGAGAGCUGUUGCUGGAGUUUUUGGAGAUAUGUUUCCUCCGACUGAGUGGCGUUAAUGAUCCGCUGCGGGGGGAACCACGCGCGCGCUAUCAUCUGUUGAUCGGAUUGGAGACCAUUGAGCGCAUUAUCAUGAACCGCCGCGGUCCGACUUACAGGUGAAAUUCGAGGAGAGUGAAAUGAUUCCAAAGUCAGGAAAAUCUCCAGCAGACUCGCGGAAAAGUGUCGGCAUCCAUGAGUUUGCAGCGCUUGCCAGAUCCUCCUUAAAUGGUAUCUCUCAGGCAGUGAGGGACCAUGUGACCAAGCCCACCUCCCUGGCUCAGGGCCGGGUCGCCCACCUCAUCGAGUGGAAAGGUUGGCCCAAACCUACCGACCCCCCGCCGGCAGCCGCCUUCAGCUCCUACUGCCACCUGACUGAGGGAGAGAAGGAGGCCCGCUUUGCUGCAGGAGUGGCUGAACAGUUUGCCAUCGCUGAGGCUAAACUGCGUGCCUGGGCGUCCGUAGAUGAGGACGACGAGGAAGACUCCAACGAUGAGGACUCCCCCUCCAACGGAGCAACUCACACCGCGUCCAGCCGCAGCUCAGACGCCGCCCCGUCCAAUCAGGUGGACGGAGCGCAGUGCCAGCCUGAUGUCGAAGGCCCGGAGGCGUCCCACCGGCCCCUGUGCUCGAGCAGCAGCAGCAGCAGCAGCAGUGGUGGUGGCAGGCCGGCGUCUCACAGUGACCCACAUUCAUCGAGGACGAAUUCUCCAACUUUACCCAGCGACUGCAUGAGUCCCUUCUUAGAGGAGGAGGAGGAGGAGAAGCUGGACUGUGGCAGCGAGAAGCCGGCUCAUCUGCGGGAGCGCCACGGUGACGUGUUUAUCCACCACAAGCCAGAGUGGAGGCCUCGGGCCAGGAGCAGCAGGUUCGACUCCUGCUACUCCACCUCUCGCUCCGAGUCCCCCGGAGAGGAGGACGAGGAAGACGAGGACGAGGAGGGCAGCGUGUUCCAUGAGUUUCGAGCGUGGCAUUCCAGCCGGAGGAGCUUCUUCUCCGACCGGGCUUCCUCUGGAGUGGCGUCCUUUGACGAAGAGGAGAGGGAUGAAGUGGAGGAGAAGAAAGAUCAUUCGGUGUGAUGUGUUGUUCCAUCUUUAUGUCUCUUUGAGUCUGUGUUGAUUUUGGAUGUGACAUAAUUGGUGCAAUCCUCUCUCCACCUAUGAUGAUCAUCUUCUGUCUGCUUGUUGCGUUCCGUCUCUCAUCCUCCAGGCCUUUCAUGUACUGAUCUUGCUUCACCGUUAAUCACUGCUGUAAAAGGUAUAAAAGAGAAUAUUCGGAGAGUUCGGCCAGAAUGUAAAGCUGUUGUUCAAACUGAGUUUUGUACAUUUUUGUGAAGAGUCAUGUGAUGCAUUAGUUUUCUAUGGAUAUUUUGCUAUUUCUUUUAGGUUUUUUUCUGGGUCUUUGUGUCAUGUGGGUCAGGCAACGUUUGAUACUGAAUGUCUGAAUGUCCUGAUUGGCUAUAAAUAUCAUUCGUUUUUGAAAGAAGAUAUUGUCCCUAUUUCCACACAAAAUAAAGACAGUGAAACACAACGCAUCCUUUUAAAGGUGUUUUUCAAAUCAUUUUUAAUCAUUCACUCAUGUACAAAAACAAUUUCAUGUUCUCUAAAAAAUAACAAUGGCUGUUUGAUUUCAAAUGCAUAAUUCUCCUAUGUACAAUAGCAUGUACCUGGAUCUGAUUGGUGUAUUUUCAUAUGUACAAAGCAUAUACAGGCCAGUGCCAUAUAAAGGGAGAUACUACAGACUUAUUGCUUAACUAUAUACG